AUGGCGACAGCGCUACCUUCCGGCGACAAGGCCCCAGUCGUGAGCUUUUGCGAGCCUCAAACAACCGUAGCAAUCUACAUCACAGCACAGAAAUCGUCUGACUCCCAAGAGAAAGUAGCACGAGAGCCCCUCCCUAGUCCAGCCAGCGCCAGCGGCUCCCUUACCACGCAAACCACCUCCGAACCAGAAACUCCAAAGUUUGUCAUCCACAAACACUUGAUCUGCCAUCACUCCCCUUUCUUUUCCGCUGCUUUCAAUAGCAAUUUCAAGGAAGGAAUUACUCAAGAGAUGACCAUAGACAUGGAUCUCAACGCCUUUGGAUUGUUCGUGAACUGGCUUUACAAUCAGGUUAUCCUUGGUGCCAGCGGAGAGCAGCCUGACCUGCCGACUCUGGCUCAUCUAUGGAUCCUUGCUGAUCGAGUAUUGAUCCCUAAGUUGCAGAACCAAGCUAUGGAUAUCAUGUAUUCCCGUCUACUGAGUGGCGGGAGUGUAGUGAGGCAGGAGUUUUGCUCAUUUUGCAACAUUGCCGACGAGCAUGCGGAUGGAGAUAAUUAUCUCACUGAAUUGGCAGCUGCUCUUUUGACUUGGGAGCACCCGAACUUCAUUCUGAACAUCGACCCGAACCUGGUCCCUGCUUCAGUCUUUGCAAAAUCAUGGGCUUCUCUGAAGAUACUGCAAGGCCUCGGCUCGGGACAACCUGCUACUUUGGUCACAUUCCACGUGAAAGAAGAUGCGAAUUGA